AUGGCCAAGUUAUCCUAUACUUCCUACAUUCUCUUGCUCCUCCUUGUCGUUGCACCAGGGAGUAAAGGGCAGGGUCAGAACAAUGGAACUGACAUGACUCCACUUCAGAAGCAUGUGUCCUUCUUCGACAGGAACAAAGAUGGCGUCAUUUACCCGACAGAGACCUACGAAGGAUUUCGCGCUAUUGGGUGCAGCGUUGCCUUGUCCGCCGUGAGCGCCCCUUUAAUCCACGCCUUCCUCAGUCCGAAAACCAACAAUGGAAGCCUACCGGCAAUCACACUUCCUAUUAUCGUAGCCAUCAUUGCAAAAGGCAAACAUGGAAGUGACUCUGGUGCCUACGACACUGAGGGAAUGUUUGUUCCCGAAAAAUUUGAGGAGAUUUUUCAGAAGCAUGCACACACUAAUCCUGAUGCAUUGACAUCUGACGAGUUGAAAGAGAUGCUUAAGGCGAAUCAACAACCUAAUGACCGGCAAGGAUGGAUUGCUAGCCGGACAGAGUGGGAGAUUUUACUCCUUGUUGCCAAGGAUAAAGAUGGAUUGCUUCAAAAGGAUACAGUAAGAUCUGUCUUUGAUGGAAGCUUGUUUUACAAACUGGAGGCGGAUAACAAGUCUCUCAAAUGAAAGCAUGAUAGUGAUAG